GUUGUUUCAAAGAUGGCGGAUUUCCUGCCGUCCCGCUCCUUCUUAUCUGUAUGUUUUCCUAACUGUCUACUCACAAGUGGUGAGGUAGAACAGUUACGGAAAUCUAAAGAGAUAGAUAAGUGUAUUAAUCGAGACAAAACUUAUGUAAAAAGGUUAGUAAAGAUCUUGUUGCUUGGAGCAGGCGAGAGCGGAAAGUCCACUUUCCUCAAGCAGAUGCGCAUUAUCCAUGGGCAGGACUUCGAUCAGAAGGCUAAAGAAGAAUUCAGAGCCACGAUUUUUAGUAAUGUUAUAAAAGGUAUUAGAGUGUUGGUAGAUGCCCGAGAAAAGCUACACAUCCCAUGGGGCAACCCAUCCAACCAGCGACACGGGGACACUAUGAUGGCGUUUGAUACCCGGUCAGCAAUGGCCCACGGUCAUGGCAUGGUGGAGCAAAAAGUGUUCCAGCACUAUCUGCCAUCCAUCCGGGCGCUGUGGGCAGAUGAAGGCAUCCAAAAUGCUUACGACCGACGCAGAGAGUUCCAGUUGGGGGAGUCAGUCAAGUAUUUCCUGGACAAUUUGGAAAAGCUUGGACUGUCGGACUACCUCCCCAGCCAACAGGACAUCCUUCUGGCCAGAAAGCCCACAAAAGGCAUUCAUGAGUAUAACUUUGAGAUCAAGAAUGUGCCCUUCAAGAUGGUGGAUGUUGGUGGUCAGCGCUCUGAGAGGCGGCGUUGGUUCGAAUGCUUUGACUCAGUCACUUCCAUCCUCUUUCUUGUGUCCUCCUCUGAAUAUGACCAGGUGCUGAUGGAGGACCGGCUGACCAACCGGCUUAGUGAAUCCCUCAACAUCUUCGAGACUAUCGUCAACAACAGGGUGUUCAGCAAUGUCUCCAUCAUUUUGUUCCUGAACAAGACAGACCUGCUGGAAGAGAAGGUGAAGCAGGUAUCCAUCAAAGACUACUUCCCAGAAUUCUCAGGGGACCCAAGGAGCCUGACAGACGUCCAGCGCUUUCUGGUGGAAUGUUUUCGCAAAAAGCGCCGUGAGCAGCAACAGAAGCCGCUGUACCACCACUUCACCACAGCCAUCAACACUGAGAACAUCCGGCUGGUGUUCCGUGAUGUCAAGGACACCAUCCUGCAUGAUAACCUCAAGCAGCUGAUGCUACAGUGAGGGGACUUACCAAGAGGAGGGGGAGGACUGUGUGGAGGAGACUGGGUGUUAUGGUGUCUUUCUUGACACACACUCACCGACACGCAUACCCCAGCCUGAGGAGGAAGGCAGUUAGCCUGCGGCCAUCCCUCCUUAUCUCCAUGACUUUGAUGAGCUCCUCUUUUUGAACUUUGACUUUUUAUGAAACUCACCACUACUACAGCCAUUCCCCCACACCUGCUCUCUGCCUUACUGAGCUUGUUCAUGCUGACUUAUGACAGCAGCCUUUGGCUUGGAGCCCAAACCAUCCUCUAAAACCACUGUAAAUGACUUCUAACUCCAACUAUCCCUCCCCUGUCCACACACUGCAGUGGACUUCUCCAGUAUUUUUAACUGUGUUUCCUCUCUGUAUGUUGCUCCCAAUCAAAUUCACAUGUUUUCUUUGCUGCUCUGACCACUGUUGAUGGGGAGGGAGAGGGGCUUGUUUUAUUGUUCUAAGUCUUUAACUGUGUAGCCUUCAAGGCCACUUACAGAUGCUGGUGACAUCAGUGACUGUUGCCAGGUAUUGCCUUUUUAAAUCCUUACUUCUUUUGUUUAGUCUCUAGUUUCUGCUUUCUGCUGACGCUUGGUGAUGACAUCACUGGGCUGGGGUGGGGAUUUCCUCUUAAGGCAGUGAAAGAGGAAAGAACAGUGCUAACACACUCACAAAUAGAAUUUUCUGUUCCUAAGUUGAUUUGAUUCUAGUUUUCUAAUAAUGCUUCUCCUUUUUUAUAUAUGAAUAUACUGUAAGUACUAUGCAUUUUUCUUAACUUAUAUUUUAUAGGGGUUUACACUUUAAGGAUUUAUGACUAGUGAUGGACUCUGACAGCUGAUUACAUUAAGAGUGGGAGAGCACUGACACAAACACAUAGAUCACUUGUACAAUUCAAACUCCAUGUUGUGAGGGUAGCUAGUGCAAAGUUGCAAAUGACCGACUGUUUAAUUUUCAGGCCCAAUGUAAACCACUGCCAACAAUGACUCAUGUGCCUAUGCCCUUCUUUGCGAUUCAAAAGACAGACUUAUAAUGUCUUACUCUGCAUACAUCUGCAAACAGGAACAUAUGAUACUAUCCGUAGGGCCCUGUAUUCUCACUGAUGUGUAGAUAUUGGAAGAAAUAAUGGAAAUGGAUUUUAACAAGGACACGACAAAAAAGGAGUUCAAGUGUGGUGGUUAAAUUUUUAGCAGAACAAUAUCCAAAACUCACUGGAGAAAUUAAAGAUGGAAGUUUAUAGCUAUUGAACAAAUUAAAAGAUAUCUGGAUAACACAGACUUAAAGUGAUAUUUACAAGGAAAGUUAUCUCAGAUUUCAAACUCUCAUUGUGACCGGGUCUUAAUGUUGUAUACAAGAGUCAAAGCAUUCAGCUUGAGUAACAGCUUCUAAGAGCCAAUUCUAACGCUCAGGGCCAACACUAAUGGUGCUUAAGUCCUUGACUAGUGUAGUCCCAUGUCGACAGACUGAAAAUGUUUUUUUUAGCAUAAGAAAAACAUUCCUACUGCCUUUUUUGUUGCAGUUAAUUUUUUCCUUAUGCUUAUCCUUAUAAAUAGUACAAAUAAACAUUUCAUCUUCAGUAGAAAGAAAACAGGGUUAUAGUUUGAACAUUUUUCUGUCUUGUGACUGUGCCACAUCUUUUAUCAUCCAUUAGCCAAAAAUCUCGUAAAAGAAAUGUGGAAGUUUGAAUUUUGGAUGUGUACACUUGUAUCCAAGGCAUUACACUAGGGUAAUACUUGUUUCUUGAACUGAUUUAGGAUACAUAUUAAUGGAGGAUUAAUAUGUUUAAAACAAUAAAGACAUGUUUCAGGCUUAAUUUUUAGGUACUGCACAAUGUGUUGCCUGGAAAUGUGGUUGUAAAUUCCUCUAGAGUGGUUAUUUUCUAGCUUUUAUGUUGCCUCUGUUAUGAUGGUAGUGUUCAGAAAAUGUCAAAUUUAAACCGAAGCCUUUGACAAAAGGUAGAAAGCAGGAGCACUGAUUUUUUUUCAGGCUCUUCUCAAAUCAUGCUUCUUUUCUGAAAGUUACCAUUUCUUGCUUGUCAUCUCUGUGCCAUGCAUUCUGAUUUAAAAAAGGGAAAAAGCCAACCUGUAUGUCACUGAUACAUUUUUUCAGUUUUUUUCAGUUUCCCUUAUUGUUGUGGACAGUUCAGUUUCCCCUUUAACUCAUUCUUUAAUGUCUAGUCUAUCACUGUGUAUCUCACACCAAGCUUUCCCCAAUUUUGAACAGCUGAUGUUACCCCCAUGCACAUUUGUGUAUAUGACCAUGAGUGUUAUUUUUCAUUUUUUGUUUGGAUGGUGUUUAUUUAAAGUAACAACAGGUGUCUAGUAGCCUGCCUUUAGGUGUUCAGUACAGUCCCAUUCUCAACUUAUUUUUGAUUUGUUAUGACCAUCUCACACUAAAAUAUGGUCUCAACAAAGACAACAGGCUCCACUAGUAAAUUCCAACAUGUCAGCAUAAGUCAGAAGAAAAUAAUCAAGGAGUAGGUAAAUGAAAAACAUGCGUAAGGAAAAGUUUGGUCAUUGGUCUUUGAUUGAACUGCCUUAUCACCAUGACCAUGACUUAAACAAGGUUCAUUGAAAGCCUUUUAGUGUUUUCUUUUGAAUAAGAUUGGCUUGUGUUUAUGUUGGAACACUGACACAUACAUCACUUUGGCUUUACAAAGUAAGUUUCUAAUUCUGGUUGCAGUCAUGUUUUUAUUGCUAAUGCAGUAAAUUGCUUUAAGAAUGUUAACACAGUUACACGCCUGUACCUGCCCUAUUACAACUGACCAAGAAACCACUGACAAAGUUUUGCUCUACCUUAGCCCUUCUCUAUAUCAGUUGCCUUUCUGUCUCAAUUUUCAGCAGUUCAGGUUGCCAUUAUUGGUGAUUUUAACUUUACUGUAUUUCUCAGAGCCUCUAUGUGGUUAAAGUGAAGACUUAGAAUAUCUAACGAACAUCAGAAAACUGAAAAAAUAUCUUGCCCAGUUAGAGGCAAGAUUUAUAGUGUAAAUUAUAUAUUUAAUUGAUUACUUUUUAAAGAUUGUAGAUCUUACAAGAAUUUGAAAAGGAGCUAUUUUUCUAUGAAAUUUGGAAAGCUGAAUUGAUUAAAAAACAGUAACAUAAUUCACUGUUACUAAUUAAAAAGAAGUGAUAAGAGAUCUUUCUAGAUCUUUCUAUGGAAAUUUCCCAUCCUUUUUCAUCAAUAUGAUCAUGCAAAAGAACUAGGAAUAUAAUUACUUAAUAAUUUUGUGUCUCAUGCGAAUUGCUGAGAUGCUUGCUCCAUGUGACCCAACAACACUGACAAAACUAUAAGCUGGGUGGAGCAAACCUUGCUAAACAAACUGAUAGGUCUCUUUAUAAAUCAGCCCAAGCUUUUUUUCUAUUUUCUAUUUUUUCUGUUUUUUUUUCUUUUUUUUUUUUAAGAAUCAGUAUGAGACCAGUCAUCUUUCAACACAAGUUUUCAUUUAUUGAAAACAAAAUCUUGAUAUAACAAAGCUAUCCUUUUUUGUCCAUAGCUGUUUAAGUGGUGAAUCCUGUCCCUCAGAACAACAAAGAGCCUUGUGUUGCUCAAAAUGAAUGUUAGCAUGAAGCAGUGAAGUCACAUGACUGAUUUUUGUACGUGUUCCCAAUUCUAUAAGAGGAAGUUGACUAACAUUACUGUCCAAAAGCUCUGAAUUCCUCUGACUGUGCAUUGCCGGUCAACAUGAUUCUCCCUCUGUCAUUCUGUUUCUGGAUGAAGCAGUGUGUGUGUGAGAGAGAGAGAGAAAGAAAGAGAGAUACAAAUACUCUGUGUCUCAGCAAGCCUGAAGCGAAAGCCAAGCAGAGGCCUCUUUGUCUGGACUCUGGCAAUUGUGUCGCGUCAUCGUUUGUGCCUGUACUUGGACACACACACACAAACCCACCAUGAGGUCAUAGCAUAACCUAAGCUCUAAGAUUCUCUUUGUUUACUCUGGACACGUGUUUUGGGUGUAGGAAUACAGACAGUAUAUUGUAUAUUAUAGAACAUCAAAAGAUGACUGGGCAAUGAAGUCUUACAAACUGUUGGACUGGGUCUAACCUUAAGAAACCUGGGUGAUGCUGCACUUCACCAUAUUUUUUGGAAUAUGGUGCCAUGUUGUGGACAAAAAUAUCUUCAGAUGCUUGUCCUAUAAGUUUCAAAGAAAGGAACAUCCUGUUUUAUUAUGAGAGGCAGUUGUCAUGUACUAUUUUAGACCUUAUAUUUUAACCCAAAUGUAGGAUGUACAAUUAUAAUCCAAAACUCUGGGCUUUUUGCUGCCCAUCAGUCUGCACAGUUGACUUGGAAAGGCACAUGAUGUGAGUUUAACUGGGUUUAGAGGUUUCUUUGCUCAGCGCUCAUCCUUUCUGUUUCUUGUAUUUACCUUAAGUCAAAGUAAGCAGAAAAUUCCUCUCAGGCUCAUAGUCUUCUAACCACCAAAAAUGAUCUCUUUGCUAGACUAAAUUAAAUUCAAUACUUAAGAUCACACAUUCAGUAUUAUGGAGCACUUGUGAAGCUGAGGCAAAAGAUGCAUGUUUCCAAAUGCCAUAAUUCUUAUGUUGUCAUGGUUAAAAGCAGUAACUUUAUUUGUGUUUGUCUUUACCAAAUAGUUUUUAUUCCAACUUGCUGUAUUAUAAUCUAAAUUUAAGAUUACAUAGAUUGCAAUGCAAAUUUAUUUGCUUUACAAAGUAAAUUUUAGAGUGUAAAUACCAGCUGGUCAUCAUUAUGCCUGUCACUUUAAGGUGUAAUUGACUAAACACAUUGAUGAUAUCCACUUUGAUUUAUAAUUGUUGCCUUACUUCCAUUUUUUAUUUCAUUGGGGCAGAAGUUGUAUUUCUGUAUCCACUCCCUAAAUAUUAAGUAUAAAUAUACACCAGGAUCUAUUUAAGUUUGCAAAUAUCAGAGUAAGUGAUAGUAUUCCAGAUUCUGACCUCCAAUACUGGUAUUUGAGCUUUCAAAACUUACCCUCAGUUUGUAUACAGCCCUUGCUCCUAAAUGUAGGAAACAAACAAGGUCUUAUAGCAAGCCACAAAACACUAAUCAAACAAAAAGGAGCACAGAGCGUUCAUGCCCUACACCUUUGUCUGUACAACUCUAAAUCUUCCUUUUCGGCACUCAGACCCACAAGAAUGGGGUUACACAAUGUUAGGGAUUAAACUUGCUCACCCAUUUAAGGUCACAUAUCCUCUGGCAGCGCCCUUUCAGUAAGGGUUGACCUUGUUAGGAUUGAUAUUUAUUUGGCUGUUACAUGUUAAGGAUGAUAAAGGUGCUGUCGUGUCUUAGACCUGGUCAGAGCAUCUUUGUGUAUCUGAAGGGGUUCCAAGGCUUAGGGCAUUUGUGAUACAGCCCUAUGGAGUCUGGUGGUGGUGGAGGAAGGAUGAAGGAGGUGUUAACUUCUGUCAUUUCUGACAGCAUUAGAGGGAUUGGCUGUUGAUUAUAUAUCGCCAAAAUUUGGCUUGUGAGUGCUGAAGGAUUAAGUGUCCUUGAGCAGGUGAUCAGAGAAACUGGAAUAAAUGGAGAUUUAUAUGAAUGAAUGAUUUAGGCAUGAAAACAGUCUUCCUGCUUGAACUGAUGCAGAGAUUCGUUAUGCCGUUCUGACAGACUUUUCUUUAAUACCUGGAUUCUCUUCAUUAAAUAAGGCAUAUAAAUAUAUUCAAGGGACUUCUCUGUGAUAAAAAGGAUCCUCAAUGCCCCAUUCUUAAGUGAAAUCAGUUAAGGUUUUAAAACCAGUUAAGUUUUUCAAGCUGAGUUGGUAAAAACAAAACAUCAGCACCAACAUUUUUUCAUGGUACAUGCUCUCAGCUGUCUUCCUUAUUCUGAUCGGUGUAGGCUUUGUAAGGAGUCUGGAAGAAAACAGUUCUGUAACUUAUCAAAAUUCUUAAUUUUAUUUUAGUUGAUUUGUAUUUUAAAAUUUGUCAUGUUUUCACCAUGCAAAACUGUGAAUGAGGUGUGGAGAAAAAACAGAGUUGAGACAUAUGCAUUACCAGCCUGUUCAGCUCAAUGUAAGUCUAAUGCUGUAGAUAGAGCUAGCCCAGGGUGCCAGCACUUGUCAAAAUCCCUAGACCCUUGUAUGAAAGAGACCACUAGAUCACAGAGAAUAAAAUAAUGUCCCUGCUUCUACUCUGAUCACAGAUGAAAUGUUAAAAAGUCAGCCCUAUUAGAGGAAUCGCAUAACUCUAACUUAACUGCAUGUGACCCUAAAUUCUCAUGGGCACAUUCUCACAGUGUCUCUGCUGCAAGAGACUGUACAGUGCUGCUUUGAAUCCCUUAAUGCCUGAAGUAUACCUUACAAAAACAAGCUUGUACCGUUUGUGUGGCCACAGUAAAUUUUUCACAUGACAAAACAAAGUAAAAAAACCUGUAGAUUUUUUUUUCAGAAUGCACAAUUUCUUCUCCAUCACAGUGAAGCAAAACUGACUUUUUGAUGUUUGUUGAUGAUAAGACAUAGAUACUAAGUAUUGUGUUAAUCUUAACAUGCUAGACAUUGUUUAUCUCAGUUGUCAGUAAUUGUGCCUGGUAGUUUUUAGCACUCCAGGCCUUUUGGUGGGUGAUAGUCGCUCAGUAUAAACAGUGUAGUCAUAGGGUCACCAUUUGCCUUUCAGCUUGCAUGUAGAUUUGUCACGGGAAAAAGUUUCAAUGAGAGGUCCCAUGUAAUGGGUCAUCAGUUUUUCCAAUCUGCGGCUGUUUUGGCCGGCUUUAUACCCUCAAAGCUCCAUGUCUACCAGUGUUUUUCUCACAAUGAACCACAUUGUCAUUUUUCUAAGUCUCCGCCGUAAAUUUGCCUUCUAACAUGUUUGUGAUACAGAUUUUGUACACUGUGUCUGUGAACCUGACAUUGCUCUCAUGACUGUAACAAUAUGUAUCUUGCAUCAUGUUUUCUUAGUGAAAAAAAUGUGUAAGAUAGACUUCGGUAGUAAUGAAUACCUGUGUAAGGAAACAAGUGUAUCCUUAUGUAGUUUAAACUAUGCAACAGCACUGCUCCAUAGUCAUUACUUGGUCUAAUGUUGUAUAACAAGUAAUCAUUAUUUACGGACUAAUGAUUUUCUUAAUGCCAGUGUCUUGUUAAAAUUUGUCUUAAAUCAAAUCAGGAAAAAAUGCAAGUAAUCUGCCAAAUUGACUGAUGUUUAGUGCCUCCUUUUUCAAGCUCUGCCUCUACUUUCCAGUCAUGUUAACAAUGGUUUUAUACUGUUUAAAGUAUUUGAAAGUGAUAACACCUACAGAAUACGAUUUCCUCAUAUUCAGAUGGAAAAAUUUCUUUUACCAGGCUUUUUGAUUUCAAUGUACAGUUUAACUUAUGCUGUUUGGCCUCUCAUCUCCUAAAAUACAUUUUUUCAAAAA